CGCACAUCACCAUGGCUUUUUCCAAUAGAUCCGGACUCUUUUUCUUCGUCUUAACACUUCUUCUUUUCUCCAUUCGAAUCAAUGCAAGAGACAGCUACUCCUUUGGCAAGUUCCAGAGAGAAAACCCCACAGACAAAAACCCUAACAAUCUUGUCCCUAUCCAAACCAACGAGAAGAACGGACAAGACAACCAGAACCCUACCUUUAUCCCCGAGUCCGAAAACGGGUACGGCUUGUACGGUCACGAGACAACCUACAACAACAAUGAAGAUCAGUUGAAGAAUGAUGAGAACGUUAGCUACGACGACUCCUUCUCUACCCCAAGCCUAAGCCAAACCCAAGAAUCUUACAAGAAAUAUUGGGAGAACUAUCCUAGGACGACCGAGAGUUACGACGAAAACAACAAGGACACGAGCUACUACGAAAACUCCAAUGGUUACGGGAAAGAGAAGAGAGGGAAGGAGGCGUACAAGGGUUAUAGAAACAACGUGGAGAGACAAGGGAUGAGCGAUACGAGGUUCAUGGCGAAUGGUAAUUACUACUUUGACCUUGAUGAUGAUAGAAACCAUGGCCGUUUCUACCAGAAGCAUCAGUACAACUACAACCCCACCGUGUACAAUGAGAAGGACUCGAGCUUCAAGAAUCCAUACAGUUCCAAAAACAUGAUGAACCAACAGUCGGAAAUGUUUGGGGCAGAGCAAGGAGACUACCAGUUCACUCCAUAAGCAUGGGCACAUGCAGCUAUUGUCCUUCCUUCCGAAAACAAACAUUAAGCCUUUGCUUAUAUAGUUUCGAGUGUAUUUUUAAAAGUAAGUUAUGAUGCUUUAUUCAGUCAAACUCUAAAUCGUUUGCAUAUAUAUAUAAUUUGGAAGAAUAAAAUAAAAAACUUAUGGUGCUAAAUUUCUAAUGU